UGGCUUGGAGGGUUGAUGGCAACGUCUUCUAGCGUCGUCGUUGGGCGAGAUGCUUCCAAAAAUGCAACACUGGUGAUUUCAGACCCUACGCAUCAUUUAAGAGAGCUGGCCUCUGGAGAGAGAAGGCCGCUAACUUCCUCGGAGCGUUGUGAUCAUCAUCGUCGUCAUCCCGAUCGGAUCAGCCGUGGAGCUCGGGAGGACGUCAAGAGGGGAGCAAACAUCUCAGGAAAUACGAGAGUAAAGCCGUUUACAGCACGCUGGAAGUACAACGUACACAAAAAGCUGCUAUUGUUGACUCCAGUGGACCGAGGCAGCAGGAAACGGUCGUCUCCAUGGCAGCUGCUCUUGUAUCGAGAUGCCGUCCUGCAAACUGAAGCACUGGGAUCAACUUCCUCAGAUCAUCUUCUACGAAGGCCGCAACUUCCAAGGCCGCCACUGGGAAUGCGGCAGCGACUGCACGGACACCUUCAGGCACUUCAGCUGCUGCAACUCCAUCCGGGUGAACGGCGGUCACUGGGUGGCAUACGAGAAGGCCAACUACACGGGCUACCAGUACAUCCUCAGCCCGGGAGAGUACCCCGACUACCGCACGUGGAUGGGCUUCAACAACUGCAUCCGCUCCUGCCAGAUGUUCCCCCCCUACCGAGGAUCCUACAAGAUGAGGAUCUACAACCGACCCGACAUGGUGGGACAAGCUAUGGAGUUCAUGGACGACUGCCCCAACCUCUACGACCGCUUCCGUUCCCGCGACAUCUACUCCUGCAACAUCAUGGAAGGUUACUGGAUCUUCUACGAGCAUCCCAACUACAGGGGGCGCCAGUACUUCCUGAGACCGGGCGAGUACAGAGCCUGCGGCGACUGGGGUUGCCAUGACCCCAUGGUGGGCUCGCUACGCAGGAUGAGGCCCCUGAAUUAGACUGAAAUCUAACAUUAAAAUCCGUCAUGUUUUAAACAAUAA